GAGGCUAAUGUUGUUCCGCACAACGCUAGCUCAUAAUAAUUAUGGAACAAUUCAAGACCUUGUUGCCUGGCGGAAAAACUGUCGAUUCCCCUGAAGAUUUAAAGAAGUUGAACGUUGAGCAGUUGAACAAGAUCUUGGUGUGCUACAAGGAGAAGACAUCUGGUUUGAAGGCAGACCUUAUCCUAAGGGCCUACGCCAUUUUUUGCCUGUUGCAAAACCAAUCCCAGUAUGAAUGUUCUUUCUCGCAGCACCCAUUAAUUGGAAAUGAAAAUCAUUGCACAUAUGAAGCUAUCUACAAGUCAAAAUGUAGCCAUUUGCCUUGGACAUCAGAUCUAAGAGGGACUCCUGCCUUUUCUUUUGUUCAGCUGUAUGACUAUCUUGUUGUACGAACAACGAAGUACAUUCAAGCAUAUCAAGCUGAAGAGUACAGCCUAUAAAAAGCUCAAAGCCUUUCAGUUUUUCUACGAAGGAUACAUAAAUAAUUUUUUUGUUGCUAGAGAUAUUAACUUUACUUUUUUUGAUGUGCGUAUCAAAGCUUCAAUGAAGAAUGUUUUAUACAAAGUCAUCGUUGUCCUCUCAAACGAUUCUGGUGAUGUUUGCUGUGCAGCCUGUACAUGUCCUGCUGGUGCUGGCAUGUCUGGUUUGGGUAAUUUUAACCAUGUUGGUGGUGUCCUUUUUGCUUUGGAAGACUUCAAUAGAAAAGGCUAUCAAAGUUGUCCUCAACCUGUCUCUUCUACAUCGAAGUUAUCAGCGUGGAAUCUGCCUUCUUCAUUUACAUCAAUAUCUCCAGUCCCAAUUGACCAAAUUGUAAUUGAAAAGAUUAAAUUUGGAAGAGAUAGUGGUAAAUCACAAGAGCCAAAGAACAUUUGCCAUGAUCCUUGCAAAGCCAAAGAUGUUCAAAUGAACGAGGAAAGCUUUGAAAAGUUGAAGAAAAGCCUUGCUGAAUCCACACCUAAAAGUUGUUUUUUUGCUUUUCAUCUAAUGCCUGAGACCAAUCCUAAUUCUCCAGACUCUCCAUUCAAUGACUCUUUUGUUACUUUGUCUAUUUCUCAUUCUGAGGAGCCUGUGCCAUUCAGUGACAGUUACAACAUAUCAUGCGCUAAUUUUAAAGGAAUGAUUGAUUUCUAUGCUCAGGAUAACAUGAUUCUCAGCCAAACUGUAAUACAGAAUAUUGAAUCUGCUACAUGUGGUCAAUCAUCCAAUGAUUGUUGGAAACAACAUAGACUAUACCUGAUUACUGCCUCUAAUUUUUACUCUGCAGCAGCUAACAAAGUGGAGCCAUCAUCAGAGUUAAAAUCUAUGUUUUAUUCUUCUUUCUCUUCAACAAGCACUCAGCAUGGACAAUUAAAUGAGUCACAUGUACGCUCUUUGUAUUUAGAAACCUUAACCAAUGAAGGCAUUUGUGAUGCACAUAUUGAUGAACCAGGUCUGAUCAUUUCUGGCAUGCAUUUUUUCCUUGGUGCAUCUUUGGAUGGUAUUAUUUGGGAUGGAGAGGAUUCAUGGGGGCUUGAAAUAAAAUGCCCAUCUUCAAUCUUGAUGACAAGAAUUUUUUUCUCACAAAGAAAGGCAAGAUUCAAUUCAAAAACUCACAAGUUCUUCUACCAGAUCCAAGGCCAAAUGUUUUGUACAGGUUUAAAAAGAGUAGAUCUGGUAGUGUGGUUUGGAGAUCAGCAGUCAUUGUUUAUCCAGAAACAUGAUUUUGAUGAAGAUUUUGUAAAAAAUUCUAUCCCCCCACAGCUCAGCCAUUUUUAUACACGAGCGGUGCUUCAGGAAUUUUUCACAAAACGGGUCAAGAGAGGCUAUAAAUUGUACAUUCAUGGUGGAUGGGAAAAUAUUUACAUUAAAGGAGCAAUAUUUUUGCAAAGAACUCGCAACUUUUACCUAUGAACAUUUUUUAAGGAAUAUACAUAUAGAUGAAUUUUGUGACAAAUAAUUUUCCUUGCUUGCUCUAUAAAAUUUAUAAUUAACAUUGGCUUUUCUUCACUCAAAACAAAUCAUUUACUUUUCUUUGAGAGGAAUUACUUUCCAAGGUACAACAUAAUUAUUUUUAAGUUGCUAAUAUGUAAGUAAAUUGACAUCCAGUAAGUAAGUAAAAACAGCCAGUAAGUAAAUUAACAUUCUUAAUCAGUAAGUGAGUAAUCUUGGUCAAAAUUUUCCCUUCAAUGUACUGUGGGGAUAAUACCGUAGGUAGUAACCAAAAACAACAAGAUAAAUGUCUUUGGUGACAAAAUUUCAAUGAAAAUUAUUAUGUACACUGAUUGGCAUUAGAUACAUAUGCUUUAUGAUAUACUCAUACAUUUCAAAUCUAACAUAAAAAAGAUUGAAAAGCCUGCAUGUAUCCAUUUCCUUAUCCAAUAAGCCCCAACACUAAAAUAAGCCCCUUCCCAAUUACUGAUUUAUAUGAGACUUUAUAACUUAUGGCAAUUACAGGCCUGGCCGUAAGACUUUUAACAGAUGGGAGCAGUAAACGGGUCUCCUAGAAUUAUUCAGGUGAGCUAUAAGAAUAGAAACAAAGAAAAAAUUGAUUUCAAGGAAAGCAAAUUUGCUUUUUAGAACAAUUUAGGAGAGUAAUCUCUAGCUCCUCUCCAGCGAUUGAGGAGAGCCUGGAGGGGAGCAAGAGCUAUGGCUCUCCUCAAAUGGCCAGACCUGCAAUUAUGAUCAUACCUGUAAAAGACCUCUAUCAUGACCUUGAUAUGAAUAUCACUAUGUAUAAAUGUUAUGUAAACUAGCAAGGGUGCAAAGAUUUUUUAUUUGUUAAUGCAAAUCAAGCUAAUAGCCAAUGUUGAUAUUCCUGUAACAUAACAGAAUGAAAAAUGAAAAAUGAUUUGCUUCCUGGAAGAUCAAUGGUCAGAGCAACUGACAGAUUAUGAUUUACUUAUAGCUGUUUAUCUAUGGGUGCUGCAUAUAAGAGGUGAAAUGAUAAAAAAUUAAAGAUAAAAAGCGCUGUCCAUUUAUAUACAAUUAAAUUACUUCUUAUGAAUUGAGGGUAUCACUAGAAAUGGCAAAAAAUUAGUUAAUAGAGAGCAAACAGUAAAAAUCUGAUUAGUUAAUAGGCAUAAGGAUAAUGGUAGAACUCCAUCGAGAAUAUGGUAAUUUUUAAUUCUACCAAUGGCUCUUUCCACGUGAAUUCUAAAAGCUGCAAUCUGGGCUGUUUCUUCACUCUCUGCUGGUGUUAAUUGUGAUCUGCUUCGAAAGGUGGAAUAUUGAGUGUAACCCCAACUGGUAGAAUGUCAGCUAUAUCGAAUCCUCGGUCUGCCAUGACAUUGUCACCAGGCUCAAGAAGAUCAAUAUGGCGACUUUUCUGGGUAAUCUCUUUAUCAGACACUCUGCCAGACCAAAGCUUUGAGACAAAAGUAAUAGCACCGGUAGGAGAUAUUCCAAUGAGAGCCUUCCAAGUAUUGUGGUGCUUAUACUCAGACCAUGUCUGUGAUUGAGCUUUCAUGAAUGAGGGAACUUUAGUAAAAAUUUCUGUGCAAUCAAUGACUAUUCUUGUGGAAGGAUACUUUUUAAACUCAUCAGGCAUUAGAGCUUCAAUAUGUUCUUUAGGAGGAAAAGGAAAAAGAAGAGGCAGUUCAUGGUAUAGAAAGUUGAUCCAGGUAGAGAAUAUUUUGGAUGCAUGACCAACAGAAAUUCCAAAUCUAUCUGCAAGAUCGUUCAAAAACAAGCCAACUUUGAUACGCAUUAAAACAAAAAUAAAUUCUUCAAAAUGCGAUAUCCUUCUUUUAGGACCUGGUUUUGUCGAUGAUUCUUGUCUUUGUUUGGAUGUACCAUGAGACUUAGAGCCUCACCAGUAAGAAAUGUUCUGCAACUUUGGUUCCAGAUACUCAUAAACAGAUCGAAGAGAAGAAUAAUUAGAAAAACCAGUAUAAAAUUUGACAACAGAAUCAUCAUUUUGUAACUUUUCAAGUGAAAAAAAUGCCGUUUUUGCAACAGACAGUUCAGCAUUUAAAUUUGAUAUUUGGAAAGAAAGUUGAUCAAUCGUUUUUGAACGUUGACAUACUCCCUUUGCUCAUUUCUUGACUGGUUUUCAUCAUCACUGGAAUCAUCAUCAAAAUUAACGGGGGCCACGACAAAAGAAAAACUUGUUUGCGUAGAACUGUUUCUGUAAUUAGAAACAUCUUCUUGAAUGGAAUCAGAGCAAUCAUUAAGUUCAGAUGUAGCGGAAGAAGAAGGCUGCUGUUGGCGAAAUUCAUAAUAGUGGCUGCGAUCCUUUGGUGCCUUGUGGGAGAUUUUGCUGGUCCUCGCAUCACUGUUAUAAAGCUUCAACGAAGGAACUGCGCCAUGAUGUAACUUCCAUCGCUGAGGGUUUCGCUUUAAAUCUUCAUCUUUGAAAUGUUCUUGACAGAACACUGUACUUGUAGUAACUUUAAAACCAUCCAAACCAUCAACUCUUUUGAUCAAGCUACACCACACUCUCUUCUCUGGAUACUUUUGCGGAAAUUUAAAAAAUGUAGGACACUGGGUGAACUAUCUGUGUUAUCGGAAAGAUUAUAACAACCAAAAGCAGCGCAUUGUCUCCCCAGCGGUUUCUUCUUUUUUACAUGAAUAUUAGCUAUCGGUUUCUCAGUAUUCUCAGCCAUAUUGCUACCGAAAAUUUUUCAACAGAUUACAGGGCCUCCGACGAAGGGGAGGCGGGGAGUCUUUUUCAAAAUCUUUUGUUAUGGGUGUUAAAUUUUCCCUUGCCCCCCCCCCACUUUUCGACCUUUGUCGGAGCCCAUGGAUUAGCAAAUAAUAUCAGGAUAUAUUGAAAAAACACAGUGCUUGCGAUUGUUGUGCGAAACAACGUUAGCCUCGUUAUCGAAGUCACUCCUCACAAUGCAAUGAUAUAGAAGCAAUGAUGCAAUGAUGUUUAUAUCUUUUAUCAUAUAUAACAAUUUUAUAAGAAUUUGAGCAUCAAAACUGCUCAAAAGUUGAGAUCAAAUUAGGAACUAGCUAAGGCUGAGUUACUGUUUAAUGCAUUUUUGAACAACAUUUUAUCCCAAAACGAGGAUUUUUAGCCAUGUGUGGUUGCUUUUCGGUGAAUAUUCAAUGUUGUCGUCAAAUGAAGGCUGUCUCACUCACUUUGUUGGUAAACAAUGCAUGAACACCUUCCAAGAGCGAAAAAGCUAGCAAUCGCACUGCUUACACCCUAUUAAUUUGAACAAAUUAAGGACAAUCCACCCUCGGAUUUUUGCGAAAAUUAAGAACAGUCAGCCUGAACCUAAAUUUACUGGUUUUUAUAAAAAAAAUAGUGAAUACAACAUGCACCUAGCAGCAUACCCUUCCCUCUACAACGCGUAUAAAUGCUUGAUGACACUUAGCUGAACCCAAGUUUCCUUUGAAAGAUUAUUCAGCGCUACUGAUAAUUUCAAAAGAAGAGAAACCUUUCCGCUUGAUUACGAGCAAGUCGUUGGCCAAUUUGCUGAUUCAUUUGCACUUCUUCGAAAAGAGUUGAAACUCUGAGAAUUUAAAUAAGUUUUGAUCUUGAUUCUUAACUCUACGUGGGAUUUUAAAGCCUAUUUACACGAGAGGAAAGGUAUGGAUCCAAUUGGGUCCGAAUUUAGGAAUUAAAGUCCAUAUACUGCUGGUGUUUAGCGUAUUGCUUAAUUAUCAAUUUUUAUUGAAUCAAUCGUAUUCUAGGCCACAUUUUUAGGGGUGUGGCUCAAUUUUCCCCGCCACGCCCUAAACCGGGCACUUGAGUUUUUUUAGCCACCCUGCGAUUUUGAGGCCAGACCACCCCUGAGUGUGGUUUUGAAAUAUUUUGAAAAUAUCAAUGAUUAUAUAUAAUCAAAAAUUGGUUACCAUAUUCAGAUUCUGUUAUUAAUAUCCAAGCAUUGAAUUAUGACCUAUUUUCGGCUUUUUCUAAAGUUUGGCCUAGAUAUUUCAUAG